GCAGGAGUCGCUGUCGCCAACCUGUAGAAACGAGGUAGUAGCUUCUGAGCUCGGCAGUUGAAUCUUUGACAGAGUUUGAUUUGGCUCUUCAGAAGAAGGAGAAAUGUUGCCAGGCGGCCACUGAGUUGUGGUGAGGCCAGCAGAAAUUGAAACCUUAGAGAAGAACGACCAGGUAGCAAGGAUGAAGCGAAUUCUGGAGGAGUUUGUACAGCUGACAAGGACUGUAGGACAGGCUGAGCGUGACCUGGAAAGCCGUAUCGACUCCGAAUUCAGUACAAUUCGUUCCCAGACUUUGGCACUGAAACAUAACAAAGAACUUACCGCAGAAAUAGGAGGCAUCAAGGGGAAUGUUAAGAAGAACCGGUACAAAGACAUCUUGCCAUAUGACCAAACACGUGUCAGCCUCUCCCUGCUGUCUGAUAAAGGCUGCUCAGACUAUAUCAAUGCCAACUUCAUCAAGGGUGCAAUUAAUGGCAAAUUUUACAUUGCCACUCAGGGGCCCCUUAACCAUACAGUGGAAGAUUUCUGGAGAAUGGUUUGGCAGUACAAAGUGAAGAUAAUUCUGAUGGCUUGCAAAGAAACAGAGCUUGGAAAGAAAAAAUGUGAACAGUACUGGGCAAACUACAGAGAAACUUCAACAUUUGGACUCUUUACAGUAAAAAAUGAAGAUGAAUCUGUAAUUACUGAUGAGGUGGUGGUCAGGACACUGUCUGUCCAGUUCCAAGGAGACAUUCUGACAGUUCUACAUUUUCAGUAUAAGGCAUGGCCAGAUCAUGGCAUUCCUGACUCUCCUGAUGGCAUCUUAAACAUGAUAGAAGAAAUUCGCCAUCGUCAAGGAAGAGAUUUGGCUCCAAUAAUUGUACAUUGCAGUGCUGGCUGUGGAAGAACAGGAGUUAUAUGUACUGUAGAUUACAUCUACGAUCUGCUGAAGACAAAGCAAAUAAAUGAUAGCUUCAGUAUCUUGGACAUUGUAUGGGAGAUGAGGCAACAACGACCAUCAAUUGUACAGACUAAGGAGCAGUAUGGGUUUGUCUAUCACACUGUGGCUCAGUUGUUCCAGAAUGCCUUGGAUUCUAGAAUUCUUGUCUACGAUAAUUUCAAUGAGAGGCUGUCCCCACUUUAUGAUGACACUGAGACCCUAACAACACAGAAGCCACCUAAGCCUGCCACAAGGAAGAAGAGUUUAGAUACUUACAGAAAACCAAUAAAAUCCUCAGUGGAACAACGUUCUUCUGCACCUUUGAUGAACAAUAUGAACGAGACAUAUGCUGUGGUUAACAAAAAUAAAUUACGUCAGCCUCUGGACAAUGUUACAUCUGCCACCAGUGCGCUGGUCCCUUCUCCUUCUAGUCACCAUUAUGACAAUGAAGACAAAAUGAACAAGAAUAGCAGCCCGAAUAUAGAAGCCCUUUACAGUGCUGUGAAGCCAAAAAACAAAUCAUGGCCUGGCAGCAAUGCAUCAAAACCCAGUAGCCCUUCAGAUCAGCUUUCUCCUGUGUUCCAAAAAGGAGAAAAUGAGAGGAUUUCAAAUCUCACAUCUCCAAGUCCACAGAAUCACGAGCAAGAAGGAACUGACCUUUCUAGAAGAGUCAUCAGACAAAAUGUUUAUGAUAACCCUUUGAACCGCCAGAGCUCUGAGGGUCUUGACAAUUCAGGGAAGAAUAAACUUGGUAAUCCCAAGACUCUGAAUGAUGAGGAUUAUGAAUAUGUGUCUGACCCUUUCCAAAGCAUGGUUGGUCAAUUUGCAGACAAAGGAAUGGGCUUUAAUUGCCGCAUCAGGAAACCCAAAGGCCCUCGUGAUCCUCCUUCAGAGUGGAACACCAUUGAGAGGUAGGACCACCACUGCCUGCUGGAGCCAGGGGAGUGCUCGCUUCUACCAAAUUCUAAUGCAAGUCUGAGAGCAAGCGGCUAGCAACCCAUCUGUCUAAGAAGUUUACUUGUGAAGUCACGAAGAACCUGUGCACAGCACUCGUCAUUCAGAGAUGUCCUUACGCAACAUUGUUUUUAUCAUUAUUUUCUCUUAAAGGGAAUUGUAUGGAUUCUUCAGAAUGAAUGAAAUGAUUUUCUUUGUUAUUUAACUGCAGGGGCAUUUGUAAAUGAAGACAGAUACAAUUGUGGAGGUGAUUGUAAUAUCUUUGUCAUAAGUUAUUAACAUUGUUGUGCUCUUAGGUGUGUGAAAUUUUAUGUGCUUCCUGUUAGUACGACUAAUAAGACCAUGUGCAUUAUCACUGUUAUCUGUAAGGUUAUAGUCAAGAAAAUAAGUGAACAGGAGUGGACAAUCCAGAGCUGUUACUGUCCAAACUGGCCAACAACUAAUUUUGAGAAUACAGCCUUCAGUAGAUGUCUGCAAAGUCUGAGCGACCCUUAGAUAUUCUGCAAUUUUUUUACAAUUCUAGCAAGCCCAUCCCAGUCCUAAAAAAUUAAAGGCAAAUUUAAUCCUGGAAGACUGCAGUAACUACAAGAUGUCAUUGGGUUCAGACUCUUAAUGGGUGGCCAAUUCAAGUUUGUAAAAGAGCGGCUCAUUACUGUAAGUAGCUGUCUCGUUCAUUGAUGUCUCCAUACAGUUGCUGGUUGUCCCAGUGUUUAUCUUGUAAGGUAUGUUAGAAGCAAACAGUUUAAUAUUUUUUUAGUAUGUAACAUGAUGGGAUGACCCCAGUCUUCUUUGUUUGAGGAUUGUCACUUAAUUCUGUCCAAAGAAAAUUGUGAAAGUUCUGACUGGUCACGCUCUCUAUUUAGGAGCACAGAGUACAUUGCUGUUCUUACUUGUUGGUUGUCAUUAAGAACUGGCCGCUUUUGCCUUCUCAGUGAUUCCAUACUGUAAACUGAAAAUACUGAAUAGAGAAUCAGUGACAGCUGAAAACAAUGCAAACGUCUGAAAUGCUUUCACAAAUGAUACAUCACCACCUUACCAGUUAAAAAAAGAUGAAAAAUUGGAAGUUCAUUAAAUUUGCUUCAAUUACAUACUGAUUUAAAAAAGAUCAGACAUAUAAAGAUGCACGCAUUGUGUCCCUCCAAGCCUGAAGUUGUCCACUCACUUAGGACUCAUCUUCUUUUUUUGACACUGCAGCGACAUUCCCUAAUUAAACAGCAUGCCUGUCAUUCUCCAUUGACCGCAGUGCAGAUUACUGACAUGUACAGUAAGUGAUGCUACUUAAGGCGUGUGAGGCCUUUGUUUUUGAAGUCUUGGCUGUCUUUUUGUGUUGAUGCUCAGUUACUUUAACACCCAGCCACACUUGCCUUAUUAAAUAAGCAGGUAAACCUUGUGGUUGACUUACCUUUGCACUUGAACUAAUUCAUUUGUAAUUAUUUUUCUAUUGUAUGCAUUCAUUUCUCUAAAUAAUACAUACAAUUGAUGGAUAAAGUUUUUUUUUAGUAAAUUGAAUAAGUAAGACUUUCUCAGUAAGAAAUGUAUCAAGUUGUAUCAGGAAAACGUUGAGAGCACGUAAUGUCGAAUAGAGUGAACUUUGCUGUGUUAGGCCAACUAUUUAACAUGCAAUAUUCUAAAUUUAGAAAGAAAAGAAAUCCAGAAUGAAAAAACACAGGAAAUGAUUCUAACUGUGGUGACCACAACAAAUACGCAUUCAACAGAUUCAACAGAUACAGUUCUAUGCAAAGGUUUGGACACCCCUGGUCAUGUUCUAUAUUAUGUGCACAUUUAAAAUAAAAAUAAAUAAAAACUCAACAAUAAAACAAACUAAAACCAUGGCAUUUUUAUGAAGAUGUUAAUUUAGCUAUUUAUUUGAUGAAAUAAAAAGUGAGAUUAAAUGUGGCAUUUGCAAAGGCUUGUGUCCCCUAAGUCAGAACUUAGCAACACCCCCUUUGGUAAAAGCCACAGCUUGCUGACAUUUUAGGUAGUCAGCUAUUAUUGACUUUAUUCUUGUUUGGAAUAUUUCUCCUGUUCAUCCCUGCAGAUCUCUUCCUGUUGUGAGAAAUUCUUGAUCUGUCAAGCUUAAUAUCUGAAGAGACUGCAAGGGCCAUUCCAAAACCUUCACAUUGUGGUUCUUGAGUUACUUCUUGGUAGAUUAUUUAAAGUGUGUUUUGGAUUUGUUGUUUUACAAUAGAAGCCCUGCUUUUUACAGCUUCAAUUUCCGGAUUGACUGUCUUUUUUUUUUUGGUUCUUUAUUUCUCCUUAAAUAAUUUGUUCUAUUAGGAAUUUGUUAGAUUUCCCAUACCCCAUGGGGUCAAAGCACAGGGUCAGCCAUUGUACAGUAACCCUGGAGUGAUUGCAGGUUAAGAACCUUGCUCAAGGGCCCAGUAGAGUAGGUUCUCCUUUGGCAGUAACCGGAUUCGAACCUUCCGGAUAUUGCUGCAGAUUUUUAGCCUCAGAGUCACCUCUCUGCCCCAUUCUCGAGGAUGCAUUGAGACUUAGUGGAAUGCACUCCUCCUUGUUUCCUGUGCCACUAGCGACUACACAACCCCACAACAUAACAGACUUAGCCCUGUACUUGACAGUUGGCAGGGUGCUCUUUCUUUUAAACGCUGCUCCUUUUUUUGAGCACUUGCUUUGAAAAAUGCCUUUGUCUUAAGCAAAUUAUGACUUGCAUACUUAAGGGUUUUUUUUGUGACAAGAUCUCAGGUAAGAUUUCCUUCUAAUGGCUUUUCCGUUCAAGCCAUGUCCGUGUAAGCAAUGCUGCACAGUAGAGGAGUGCACCGCCACUCCUUUUCCAGCUAACCCUGCCUGCAGGCCCUCGUAGUUGUAAGGAGGAGGUUUACUUUGCCUUCCUGCACAGUAUACAAGCUCUUCUGUCACUUUUCUUGAUCUUCCAGAUUUUGUUUCGAUCUCCAUAGUUACCCUGAACUGUAAUUGUUUAAUGACAUUUCAGACUGUAGAGAAGUAGGCAUCUUUUUCUGGCUUUUCCCUUCUUCGUAGACGUCAGUUAUGAAGUUUUGCAUCCUCAGUAAGUUAUUUAGAAGAGCCGGUGGUUGGUGAGCACGGCAACAGAACAACAGAACAGGCGCCCUAACAUUUCCAACUCUUUUUUUUAACAUUUUUAUUUUUUCAGUUCAUCAUGUAAAUGGCAGCUGUAUGUUAACUGUUAACAAAAUAUGUAAUUAUGAAUGCUACUUUAUUGGUUUUGCAUGGCCAGGGUUUUUUUUUUUUUGUUUGUUUCUUUGUUUUUCUUUGUCUAGUUAGUUCCUGAUAAGUUUAACAGUUUAAAGUUUGUGGUUUAUUCAAAUUAGCAGCCUCACCUAGACAGUUCUUUAGUACAGGUCGAUUCUACUAAAAUCAGAAUAACAAAUUUUAAAUCCUCUAAGAGGACCGUUCAUGGGCAACUAUUAGAAAAAUACUAUCAUUUAAAAAUGAUUCUCUCUAUACUUUCUUAUUUCUCAUAAAAUCUCAUCUGAUAAAGAGUGCUAUUGUUUAUUUGUGCUAUGUAAUUUUCAAAGUGCUCAGUAUCAUUUCAUAUGUGUGUGCUGUUGCACAAUGUUCGAAGAGUCAGUCUGCUCUGGAAUUGUCAUCGGCUUAGAAUUCCUAAUGAAAAUGCCAGGCUUGCCAGGUGAACACACUGGACCCGAGUUUACAAGCAGUGCGUGGGGUCUUCAUGGUAUUCAUUAUCUGAUUUUGUUUGUCCUCUCUUUAAACUUGAAAUUGCAAACUGCGCUUUUUUUAUGCUCAUAAGCAGAUCGGUUCUCUUCUUCGGUGCUUCUACAAUUCUUACCGUUUCAUUUCUCCAAUUUUUUUAAACCUGAUGCCUUUAAGGUGAUCACGAACACUGUGUGAGUCUUUCCUCUGUCGGCAAUUUGCUGUUCAAACAGGUAAAAAAUGAAGGUGCAAAAUGCUAAAAGUAAAGAUUAAAUGAAAAUGAAGGUUUUUUUUUUAAUUUAUUAUGCACAGCCAUGUUUUCAGAAAUGUACACCAAACAUCUAAACCAACAGUGCAGGAGGAGAUGGAAGUUUAAGAGUACUUAAGUGUACUGUAUAUACAGUAUAUAUAUUUGAGGGUGUGGUCUCUAUUUAUUUUUCAUCUAAGAGUUGAAAUUUGGGGCAGAGCUAUUUUAAUAUUUAUUAUUUGGGUAUGGAGUUUUCUUUAUUUUUAUAAGUGUAACUUGUAGAGUAAAAUGGUGCAGAUGACAUCUCGUACGUAUUUAUGUAUGUGUUACUUUAUUUUAAUCUUUUCCCUCUCCUCCUUAUAUCUUUAUUGUAUUUUCGAUUUACCAUUAAAUUUGCUGUUUCUCAUGU